UUCCUGGCCUGAAGCCCUGUCUGCCUCGCCCUCUGCAACGAUUCUGCCAGUCUGCACCUCGCGGUUCAGGCUCAGGGCUCAAGAAUCUAGACUCAAGACUCAAGAAUCAGAACUCAAGAAUCAAGACUUAAUCAAUAUUCAAACUCAACACCCACAAUUGCCGACCGCUCCCUCAUCGUAUUGCUGAUGGAGAGCCUCAUCCACACCGCGACCGAUUCGCAGACCGAUCCCUCGUCCUCAGAGCAUGUGCUGGUCCAGAUCGACGAGCCAUCAUCGGCCUUUGGUCUCCCCUCUGGAUUCAAGGACGUCUCUCGACUGAGUGCCGUGCGCAAGCCCUGGACGGACGAUGACGACAUUGACUGCACCUCCAGCAGCAUCUCGCUGCCCAACAUGGACCUCGAUGAUCUUGUUCAGUCCUCCCCGACCGAGAGCGCUGUUCGGCCUGCUGUUGCUGCUGUUGCUGCUGUUGCUGCUGCUGCUCCUGUUGGCCCCGCCACCGAUGCUGUCCUGGUCAAUACCCUGGGUCCAUCAGAGCCCUCGCAGUCGUCGUUUACUGAGGGCACCAAAGCAAGGUUCUUCCGCACUCUCGAAGCCGAGCUGGGCAGUUCCAUCGAUUACCGGGCGCUUAACCAGUGUCCAGACACCGCCGAAGACACCGAAUCGCCUGGUGAGGUCUCUUCGGGCCGGCCUCCUCUACCAGACCAUCCAACAGACGAUCCAACAGACCAUAUAACAGACCAUCCAACAGAUCAUCCAGCAGACCAUCCAACAGAACAUCCGGCAGACCAUCCGGCAGGCGAUCCAGCGGACAAGGACUCGCCCCCAUCUCCACUCAGAACCGAUCUGCCCACCCUGUCCGAGCCACCAACACACGCCGAAUCCACCGAUUUGAUUCAGUUUUCCAACAAUCCACCUCCCUUUGCUCCUGGUCUCCCGCCGGUGCUUUCGGCGAGCUCGCUCCUGGACGAAAUCCACGAUCUGCCUCAAAGUCAUGUCUCCGCACCCAUCCUGGACGGCUCACUGCCACUCGGCCCAUCUGUUCCUACCCAACCAGAAGCCGACAUCUCCCGCUCUCCAUCGCCAUUCCAACACGAGUCCAGAUCUCAUGUCGAGGACGACGGCUACUCCUACCAGUUUGAAUCCGAGUCGAGCGAGCAUCAUGGGCGUGCCCGUUCGCCCGAGUCCCUGUCUACACCGUCAUCACACAUUCGCAAUACCAAUCCCGAGUCACCGUACCCGCUGCAGGCCCAGCCAGGAUCCGUAUCAAUAUCACCAUCACCACCACCAUCGCCAUCACCACCAUCGCCAUCACCACCAUCGCCAUCACCACCAUCGCCAUCGCGGGUUCCAAGGCCAGCUUCGCCGCUCUCAAACGGGGUCUUGCCUCUCAGUCCAACUCGCGAGGAGUGUCCCUCACCGGACUUGCUUUCUCCGCUGGCCUCGCCAGCCGUGGCCACCCGCCAUCCGGUUCCCAAGGCCGAAUCGAGUCAACUUCCUUCCGAUCCAUCUCUUGCUGAAGUUGACUUACAGAAUGCAUCGAAUGCGCAACACCUUGGCGCCGAACUGAAUCCGCAACCGAUAUCCGAUCGGGACCUCGAGUCGGAUGUGCACAUCGAAGCACAACUCAGUCGUGAUGGCCUCCAUCCCGAGCCAGAGUCUCGUCUCGAGCAGACGCAGCUCCAGUCCAAGCCUCAUCGUGAAGCCAGUCGUGGUGAGACCGUCAGCCGAGUCAGACUCGUGCUCCCCAGCCCUGCCAAAGAGCAGGAUGGCAAGCAACCCACUUUGCCAUCGAAUGAUGGAGCUCCGUCUCAGAUCGCCGUGCGACCGGCGGGUACUCUCGGAGCAGAUCCCAAGCGGCCAGUAGCCCAAGCUCGUCCGAAGCUGCCAUCCAGUGGGUUGGCUGCACCGCCAUCCUCUGCUACCGGCAAGCCAGCGCCGCGGCCGUCAGUAUCGCCGGCCAAGGCGAGCACCAGCCAGGUCUUGUCCAAGCCUCCGGCGAGGCAAAACUCCAAGAGCUCGCUCAAGAAAGCCAUCUUGCAGGACACAAACCUCAAGCGGCGACCUUCGACCCAGGAACUCAAACCCGCUAUAUCCGAUCACCCGGCGGCACCGCACCAUCGCUCGUCCUCGUCUCAGGACCCGCCUACGCCCCUGCUGCCCGUGCGUCCUGAUAGCAUCCAGCCAGCUACCAGUCUAGAAUCCGCGCAACUCGCCUCAGAGAUCGAGUGUCUGACUCGGCUUAUCCAUGAUAAAGACGAAGCCAUCAGGAAGCUCACCGCGACGAUCGUCGAAAAGGACAGCGCCAUCCAGAGCCUCAAGGACGAAGUCGACUUUCUCGAAAAGCUGCGGGAAGAACGAGACCUGUUCCAGGCCGGCCGAGUCAGAGUGCCCGAUGCAAUCGAGGGCGUCCCGGACUCGGAGCUGGCCGCGCUGCGGCGACAGUUUGAGGAACAGGAGGCUCUGAUCGCGGGCUUCCAGCGCGAGAACGAGAAGCUGGACGAGCAGGUCCGGCGACUCAAGAAAAAGGCCAAGGAGACCGAACACCAAUUCUUUCUCAAGCACGAGGCCACCGAGCGAGAGAUUGCCCAUCUGCGUCAGCAGCUGCAUGGCCGCGAGAACGACGCCGACUUUGGUGCGGCCAAGCUUCGGGUCCGCCUGGAGGAGCUCGAGCACGAGCUUCAGCAUACUCGUCGCGAUGCCGAGGAUCAGCGCGAGGCCAUGAAGGGCGAGCUGGUCAAGGUCCGGGCGCAACUUGCCGAAGCCAACUCGAAGCUGCGGGAACUGACCGAGGCCAGCCCAGAGGAGCUGGAUCGCCUGCGUGGUCAGCUCAAAGAGUCCAAGGAGCGCUAUGAGGCGUAUAUCGUCCAGCUGGAGGGCAAGCUCGAAGCCUUUUCCCAGAGCGGCAGGCUGCCCGAGAGUCAUCUUGCUGGUGGCCCUGAACUGCAGCCGUGGCUUCCUUCGCCGGCGCUCUUGGAGAGCAUCGACGACUUUGUGGCCAUGGUCGAGACCCUUGGACUCACCACCCAGGCACAGCGAACUAAGAUUCCGGCCGCAUCGCACAGCAGUCGGCGCACAGAUGGCAAGCGCCCAGGACAGCAGCAGCCCGAUCGACUCGAGCAGAAACUGGCGCAGAUCAAGAGUCUGGUUCAAACGGCACGGGCAUCGACAUCGGCAUCGACAUCUGGCGGCGACUCUGCCUUUGGACUGGCCCGGCCGGCUAUGGACCAACCCGACUAUAUCCGAAGGCUCCGCGAGCGCAUCAAGCAACUCGAGCUCGAUGCCGAAACGACGCUGAAUGAGCACCGGGAGGUAUGCCGACAACACGAGAACAAGUUGUCGCGACAACAGGUUGAGUACGAGGAGCAGCUCGCCGAGCUCAAGUCCAAGAACGACCAACUCUAUCGAUCGCUCCUCGAGGCUGCGGAGAAGACCUCGUCCGAGACCAUCGGCUUGGCCAACGAUCGCAUCUCGCAGCUCGAGCAGCAGCUCUCCACACUCUUGAACGAAUACUCCCAGCAGCUCAAGGAGGCCAACAACGUCAAGACCCUUGGAUCGGAGCUAGAGCAGACGCAGAAGCUACUGUCGCUCUCCGAGGCCAAGGUCGAGACCCUCACCGAGCGGAUGAUCCAGCAGCAGAGCAAGCUCCUCGAGUACGAGCGGCUGAUGAGCGAAUACGAAGAAACGCUGACCAAGGUGCAGAAGACCAAGAACAGCGUCGAAGCCGAGCUGCUGCAGAACGCGCUCGAGAAGGACCGCUUGGUGUCCAGCUACGAGGCCAAGAUCGUGCAGAUGCAGCAGAUGUGGCACGACAAGGUCUUUGCCGUCGAGGAGACAAAGUGGGUUGAAGAAGUCGGCAAGCUGCGGACCGAGCUGGAGCAACUUCGGAUGACCAAUCUGAAUCUCAAGAACAAGUAUGUACCUUUCCUCCCAACGCCCCACCCCCUUCUCCAUGGCUCGACGCCCACUGCUCUCCCGGGUCAGCGCGGGCUCCAAAUCAGCGAGACCGCCCGCAAGGCUGUCCAAGAAAACACCCUUGCUAUCCUUAAGCAGACCCAGCAAGAAACCUCGCAGAUCUCCUCGGCGCACUAUCACCAAGCUGUCGAGUUGGCUCGCGAGGAGACCCGGCGCGCGCUGCAAAGUGCGCAUCAGCUGGAGGUUCGCGAGCUCAAGCGCGCCCGCGACGACGCCGAAAAGCAGCUGCAGGUCUUGCGGGACAAGCACGGGGAGCUCCAAGAGCAGUGCCGGCGCCUCGAGGCGUCGCUUGAGGAGGCCAAGCUCGGCAGCGAUUCGGCGUUGCGGCGCCAGAGCCAACAGCUCCAGCAGCAACUCCGAGUGGCACGCCAGAACUGGACGCCGGACAUGCAUGCCUUUGCCCGGCUCGAGGAGCAAAUCCGGACGCUCGAGGAGCAGUACUCGGAGCGCGAGUCGGACAUCCAGAAGCGCAUCCAGGUGCAUGCCCAGGAGCUGGCGCGCAAGGAAGUCGAGCGGGUGCGCGCCAUGUACGAGCCCUUGCUCAAGAGAAAGAACCAGGAGAUCGAGGGGUUCCGGCGCGAGCUGGAGGAGCUCAUGCAGGGCUUUGCGCUGCUGAAGCGAAAGGGUGGUGCGUCGUCGCGUUCAUGAGCGGCGCCAGCGGCAUGAGGUGUGCAAUCCGAUGCGGUAGUCCGAUGCGGUAGUCCGAUGCGGUAGUCCGAUGCAUGCUGCUGCACUUGCUAUAUCCACAACCCUGCUGUUGAUGGCGUGUGGUCGCCACCUUCGUCGGUAUGGCCACGAUGCUGGGGAUGA